AUGCAAUCGAUUCUGCGAUGGUCACUAGAAAACUCCACACCACUAGACAGCGCGGCAAGGAGCCAGCCACCAGAGGGGCGCAAUACAAUAGACCCGGAAGUCAUUGACAUGAUUCUUGGGAAGCCUGAUGCGGUGAAGAUGAAAGAAAGCAUGGCGAUUGCAGUCGAUCCGAGCAAAUUAGAAGACGAAAGGAUCGCUGCAUUAGAUGAUCUCGAGAUGUUGAUUGAACAUAUCGACAAUGCGAACGAUUUACAGAAACUUGGACUAUGGGAGCCCCUUCAAUCUCUCCUAACCGCGGAAUCAUCUACUCCGAAAAUAAGAACGCAAGCACUGUGGGCUAUUGGAACAGCUGUCCAAAACAAUCCGUCAGCGCAAGAUGUGUAUCUUUCUUACGACCCCCUGCCCGUCCUUCUAUCAUUCCUCGACCCUUCAUCAUCGUCCGGCGCCGCAGGGCGGGCAAAGGCGAUAUACACCUUGUCCGGUCUCCUAAAACAUCACGCGCCUGCAGUCGCGUCCCUUGGGAAGCCUGAAGUCAAUGGCUGGCCACGUUUACGCGAUGCGCUUCAAGAUCCCUCCAUCUCUGUACGCCGGAAGGCAGUCUUCCUUCUCGGCACGCUGCUCACGCCAACAUCUCCUUCCACUUCCCGUCAAUCCACAAACUCCCCAGCACCUCAGAACGCUCAAUAA